AUGUUUGUAGACUACUCCGGAUUGGAGUGUUACACGGAUGUAAACGCAUCCUUCGGUAAGUUGGUCAACACGUACUGCUGCUUUGUACGCAGCGAAUCCGUCAGCGAGAGACUCGCAAUAUUAAAAAGUCUAGUGCCAAAAUGCUACGAGAUCGUAGCACUCACUGACCAAGACUUCGCCAGCGGCAGCACUAACAGACUAACGCAGAAACUGUUUGCUAUGGCGAUGACCUUGCGCCAGGUCGCCGAUUGCAUGGCCGUGCUGCAGAAAUGCGACAGCAUAAUACCCAUCCACAUCGCCAACCCUAGCAGCUUUGAGAGCGGCGCCGCGACGGCGCCGCUUCGUCAAAGCUAUGCCAGACUCUUGGAUGACUGGACCCACUAUAUGGGGUCGUCUUCAGUAAGACACACAGGAUGGACCGAUCGACUGCAUUGGAAACUUGCCUGGCGACAUUCACGCACCAUCAUCAUUCCAAUGCUGUUCAUCGGUGAAACUACAGUGACCACCAGGGACCUAAGCAGUGUGCUGCAUGGUUGUGAGGUCAGGCACGCGGGCGAGACGCCGCUGCAGCUGCUCUGGACAUCGUCACCGGAGUUGGUGUACGCCACGCCGCAGGUUAGCAGCAACGACACCUGGUUGCGCUACGAGUCUAGCUUCGAUUCUAACUUCAACAUGCAGAAAGAAGAUGAAGACGUUUUGGAAGGGCCGCAGCGUAAGUGCGUGUUACAAUUGGAGGCACUGUUGGGCGCGCUAGCUACUACGGACCCGUUAUUCCAAUGGUAG